CCCGAGUGCGGGAAGAGUUUUAGCGAUAGCUCUUACUUCGUUCAACACCAACGCCUCCAUAUAGGCGACAUGCCCUACGCUUGCCGCGAUUGCGGGAAGCGUUUUAUAUGGAGCUCGGCUUUGAUUCGUCAUCGGCGGAUCCACACCGGGGAGAAACCCUAUAGGUGUCCGGAUUGCGGGAAGAGUUUUAGCGAGAAUUCGACCUUGCGACGGCAUCGGCGGAUCCAUACGGGCGAGAAAUUCUAUAAGUGCACUCAGUGCGGGAAGAGCUUCAACGAUAGCUCCUCGUUGAUGCGGCACCAACGCGUCCACACGGGGGAAAGACCCUACCAGUGUCCCCAGUGCGGGAAGAGCUUCGUGGACGGCUCGACCCUCGUCUGCCACCGACGGAUCCAUACGGGCGAACGACCCUACGCCUGCCCCGACUGCGGGAAGAGCUUUGCCGAGAGCUCCACGCUCAUCACCCAUCAUCGUAUCCAUACGGGAGAGAAACCCUAUACGUGCCCCCGUUGCGGGAAGAGCUUCAGUCAAAGCUCCAACUUGGUGACCCAUCAACGGAUCCAUACGGGCGAACGACCCUAUAGCUGCGCCCAGUGCGGGAAGAGUUUUUACCGGAGCUCGGAUCUCGUCCGCCACCAUCGCAUACACACGGGCGAGCGACCCUUCAGCUGCCAGGAUUGCGGCCGCCGCUUCAACCGUCGCUCCAACCUGACCACCCACCGACGCAUCCACACCGGCGACAUGCCCUACAAGUGUCCCGAUUGCGGGAAGAGCUACCGCGUCAGCUCCACCCUCCUACGGCAUCAGAAGACGCACACAGACGAACGACCCUACCGGUGCGAGGAAUGCGGGAAGAGCUUCAGGCAUAGAUCGACGUUGACCAUCCAUCACCGCGUGCAUUCGGGGGAGAGGCCCUACAAGUGCCCCGAGUGCCACAAGAGCUUCAAGAACAGCUCGGAGCUGGUGCGGCACGGGCGGACCCACACCAGCGAGCGACCCUACGAUUGCUCCCAGUGCGGGCGGCGUUUCGGCGACAGCUCCCAACUGGUGCGGCACUGGCGGACCCACACCGGCGAGCACAAGCAUUCCGACCCGACCUGCGGGAAGAGCUUUUCCAACCGUCCCCGGCUCGCCAAGCACCAACAGGUGCACACCGGUGAGAAAGAUUACCGCUGCCCCGACUGCGGCAGAGGCUUCAACCGUCGCUCCAACCUCCUGGUUCACCAGCGGUCCCACCUGGAGCAGAAACCCUUUAUUUGCCUGGAUUGCCCCAAAAGCUUCACCAGCAGCACCCAACUCAUCCAGCAUCGGCAGAUCCACAGCAAGGAGAAGCCUUAGGGUUACGCCGAGCGCAGCGAGAGCUUUCGGCGCAGCUCCGGUCUCGUCGCGCGUCGCAAGAGGCACCAGCCAAAGAUGGGGGCCACCCCACCGGGGACCAUCCCCAUCCUGGUGGCACCUCAGACCUACCUACACGUCACGGUGGUCCCUGGCGGUAGCACCGAGGGGUAACCAACCCAUCCACCCUCAUCCCACCAGCUGUUUUUUUUCUUUCCCUGUAUGUUUUUAUAUGUAAGGGGGUUUUUGGGGGAGGUGGUUUUAAAAAAAGACACCCCCGUCCUCUGUUUUUUUGCCUUAGCUUAUAGAUGAGGGGGAGGGAGGGAGGGGAAACCCAUGAGCUUCACCCAAGAAAAAAAGAAGUCACGGUAAAAUGGGUUUUUUCUAGAUGUCUGAGUUCAAUUUCUUUAUUUUUUCAACCCUAUUUAGGGUCUUUUUAAGGGAUGGGGAUGGAUCAAAAGAAAAUCACAGCCAAAAUAAAAGCA